AAAUCACAGCGCGGAAGUAACCCUGGAGGUAGAAAACGUCCUCGCGGUUCCCCCACGUGUCUGUCUGUGCGCCACGCUCUCAUAGUUGCGGUGAUGCAGACAAACAUGGGAGAGCUCGAGGACAGCACCGUGAGACCCAAAGUCACCGAUGCUAAAGGCAUUCUCAAACAGAACCGACAGUUCCUGGAUUACUUCUGGGACAUCGCGAAACCCGAGCGAGAAAUCCGCCUGAAAGCGAUUGAGGACUUGAUCGAACACUUGAAGCAGAGCGAGAAGCCAGAUGAGUUGAAGUAUUCACUGAAGAGACUAGUGGACGGUCUUUCUCACACAAGAGAAGACGCUCGGUCAGGAUACAGCGUUGCGCUCGCUCAGCUGCUGAGUGUAUUUGAGGAGAUCUCACUGAAAUCCACGCUAGACAGCGUCAAAGAAAAGCACAACCUCCAAAAAGCCAAAAAGAAAUUGAUCAGAAAUGCAGCGUUUGGGAAUUUCUUUGGUGUGCUCGCCCUGUCUCAGUCCACACGUCUGCAUAAGGAGCCGCAGGUCAUGUUGGAGUGUGUGCAGCUCCUGCAGAGUCUGUCGCGGUACAGAGAACACCUGAGAGACCUGCCCAGAAAAACCAUGGUCGACAUCCUGUCAGAGACGUCGAAGGAGGUGUUUGAAGAGGUGCUCCUGAGCGCCCUGCAGUCUGACCUGACCUCUGCCCUCAACACUCCCGAGCAGCUCGAGCUCCUCCUGGUGGCCAUGCAGAAGUUCCCCUCUGCGCUCAAACCCAAAAAACUCAAGAAACUAUUAGGAACCACAGCAGUCAUUACUAAAGAGAACAUGCCAAAGCUGGUGGAGGUUUUAAAGACGGCCGCUCGCUCUGUGAAGAAGGACAACAUUCUGCCCCCAGUCGCGUUUGACUUGGUACAGGCGUCUCUGCGGGAGGACAACUUCGAGAUGUUCUGGAAUGAAGCCAUUAUCAAAGGCAUGCUGUCAGAGAUGCCUGGUCCCACACAUUAUUUAGGUUUCCGGUUGUUGGGAGCAUCUCUGCCGCUGCUGUCAGUCCCUGAGCUCGAGUUUGUCCUGUCCGGUGAUGUGAUGAGAUACUACGGUCAACACAUGCUGUCCGCACAGCUGGCAUACCGAUUCAAGUUUGCUCCAGAAAUGGAGAAGUACGUGAGUGAGUUCAUGCAGGGCUGCCCUGAUGCUGACAAACAGCUCGUCGUGGCGCUCGGCUUCACUCAGCUCACUAACCAGGGCUACCCCGUGGUCCCGUCCUCCGGGAAGGUCCUGGAGCACAUGGAUCUGUGUGCGCUGCAGCAGUAUGUGGAGUGGCUGAUGAAGGCCUUCUGCAAGCCCCAGCUGGAGAAAUGCCUGGACUUCAGCACCCGCAGACAGAAAGGAAACCAGGAGUCUGAAGUAGAGAGUGAUGGCUGUGUUGCCAGGUUUCGUAAAUGGAUCGUUCAACGCCUCUCUUUCAUUGUGGAAAACCAUCAGAUUAAGAAAGAGGAGGGUCUUGUCAUGAAAAUGGCUAGGUUUAUUUUCUUCCACGCCUUCUUUGAUGUGAAGAAACCCACUCCAGAAAUCCCUGAGACGGUGCAGGCUCUCUCAGUGCCCAUAGAUCAACAAACACGAGCCACUAUCUCUUCAGCCUUCUACAGUCUUCUGCAGGGCUUGAACUCGAUGGCUGCGCUAGGAGAUUCUCCUGAGGCGGAGAGGCUGAACUCCAGGAGGGUUCUGGGUGUGAAAGCUGAUGGAAGCAUGUGGAUCUACUGUGUGGUUCAGUACGCCACCACGCUGCUCAACCAGAGCAAACGCGUCCAGAGUGUUCAGACCUUGAGUCCAGAGCAGAGGCAGGGCUGGGACAGUAUGCUGGAAUCAGUGGAGGCCUUGAGGAAAAAAGCAAAGAAGUCUUCUUCACCUGAACACACGGCAUUUCAGCACCUCUUCCUUCUCGUUGGGAUUCAGAUGUUCAAGGCUCCAGAUGAAAGUUUGGAGCUGUUGAAUGAUUUGCGGACCUGCGUGGAGAAAGCUCAGGCUAAGAAAUCUAAAAAGAAGAAAGCGAAUGGCGAGAGCUGUAAUGAGGAGCCGCACUGGGUGGAGGUGGUUGUUGAGAUCCUGCUGUCGCUCCUGUCUCAGCCCAGUCGUCUCAUUCGCAGUGUGUGUAAAGCUGUGUUUAGCCGUAUCUGUCCUCACCUCACCCAAGAAGCGCUCAGCUCCAUCCUGAACGUUCUAGACCCCAACAAGGAUGAGGAUGAAAGCGGCGUUAUGGUGACUGAUGAGAAGGAGAAAGAGAAAAAGAGAAAACGUAAAGAGGAGGAUAAGCAAGAUGAUGAGGCGCAUUUAGCUUCCGUGAUGAGAAAGAGAAAAAGAGAAAACGUAAAGAGGAGGAUAAGCAAGAUGAUCGUGAUCGAGAACGGGAUGAGCUCCGAAACCAGCCAACAGGAGCAGGACUUCCUGCGCAGGGCUGCAGACAUCUUCAGGAAUCGACUCUGUCGUGCGAAGUAUUACUGCAGGGAAACCGACGGACGAGAGGCGGAGCUUCAUGAAAUGCUUGACCGUCUGAUUGGUCGAGCCCAGAAGCUGACAGACUGGUCUGUGUCUCUGUACUACUUCAGUGCUGCUCUCUAUGUGCUGAAGGUGUUAAGAGGCGUUGUGAGUGAACAGGACUCAGCAAACGCACCGUCAACACCGGCAGAGCUAAGGCUUAUGGGUAAAGUGGAUGUUGAGAGGGUCACGACUUGCUUCAAAAACGCAUUGACAUCUUUCUUGACAAAGAGGAAAAGCCCUCUCACUGGAGCCAUGUUCAUCGACCUCUUCAGCAGAUUCCCUGUGUUGUGUGUGAACAUGUUGGACACGGCUGUGGAGAACAUCACUGCUGGAGUGAGGGAACAUCAGCAGGGUCAGGCAUGUCUCAUGGUGCUCAGGGCCCUGCAGUCUAAAGAUGUGAAGAACCUGAUGUCUGAUGCCCAGGGAACUGAGCUGCAUCAGAAAGUUGUGGACCAACUCACCAAGAGUUUUGAAGAUGUACAGUCUAAGAAUAAAACGGUUCGUGAGAAGAUAGUCAAGGUGCUAGAGCUCUGUCAGCAUCUUGUCAGAUCCGUUCACAAUCAGAAGAUGCCGGUUAAUCUGGAGCUCCUUCAGAAAGUUCUCAAGUCCAUAAACUCUGAAGGAAGCCUGCAGAAACCAGGACAGCUGGAGGACAUGUACUGGAGCGUGAUGAAGUUAUUUUACAUUCUAAAGCCAAAGUUGGAAAAGGUGAAGAAAGUUGUAGAGGCAGAGCAGACAGAAGAGACCACAAAGAAGAAGAAGAAGAAAGGGUUCCUUCCUGAGACAAAGAAACGCAAGAACCGUAAGAAGCCCACCGUCCUGGAGGGAAAAGAGACACCAGAAACCCCUGAAGGAGCAUCAGGAGAGAAGAAGAAGAACAAGAAGAGGAAACAGCAGGGAGGAGAAGGGACACAAAAUCAGCCGGCCACGAAGAAAGCCAAAACACAGCAGCAACAAAACAAGAAGAAGCAAAAGAAAGGAGGACAGCAGGAGGCUGAUGGGAAAUAAUUGCACAAUAUGAUGUAACUGAUGCAACUCAAUGUGAAGAGAGAAACUCUUGUUUCAGAGAUCUGUGUUAUUUGCCUGUUUGUGAUUACUUGCAUGAUACAAUUUUUGUAAAAGCAAUAGAUGAAAUACUAAAAGGUGUUUUAUUCUU